AUGAUCAAAUUUAGCCUGAUCACAGCAUUAUUUUUAUCCCUUGCCUUUGCUCACGAAGACCCCAAGCAGGUGGGCACAGAUUUGUACGAGUCCCCUCCAGAGGGCGUUUCGUGGCAGUCAUGGCACAUGAAGUCAGAACACGGUAUCGAUCAACAUGACCCCGAGUCCGUGUUCAAACUUCACGACACGAGGAAUGUGAAUUCGCUGAGUGGAAAUGACAUUCUGAGAAUGUAUGGUCUGAUGAGGGAAGAAGUCGUUGGCAAAGGAGACGGUAUGGGAUCUCAUGAUAGAUCCGAAGGAAUCAAGGAGGGAACUAAAGAGAGGAUCCUGAGCACGGUAAUGGGAUUGAUUGACAAAAACAACGACGGUGAAAUUUCGUUCGAGGAGUGGAAAGAGUUCUCUGCUGCUGGCGGCGAGCUUCCGGAUAUGGGUGUUGGUGUUGGACAUGAGCUCGGCUUCGAAGGUGAGUACGAGAGACAUCAUUGGCUCGAGCACCAUGCUGAGAAUGACCCUGAAGUAUACAUCCAGCACCCAGAAGAUAUAGAGCACGAACUGUUGCAUCACGAGCACGAAGUUGAGCACGAAGCCGAGCACGAACAAGAGCAUGAAGGUGUGGCUCAGACCAAAACAACUAAGUCGCAGAUCAUAUUGGCAAAUAUACCAAAGAGAUUUUUGGCCUAG